CCACGUGACUCAAUCCAAACCACCCGCGCCCACGUGACUCCCAGAGCCCGCCCAAGCCUCCUCCCUGGUCACGUGGUCUCGGGUCGCCCCGCCCCCAGCCAAAAUGGCGGCGCCCAGUGGUAGGGUGCCGCGCCUCUGGGUCCAGGUUUUCGGGCAGCGUGUGGGGGGUCUCCUCACAAACGUCUCAAAGCCAUUUUGUUCUGCCGCUGCUGCCUCUAGGCCUCUGGAUGCCCAGCGAUUAGCGGAGAGGCUCCGAGCCCAGAAACAGGAACAAAAGACGAAGAAGGUGCCGGUGCCCACAAACCCUGUCCAGCGGAGAGUGAAAGAACUCUUGCAGUUCACACAGCAGCUGCAGCGAGUCCACCCCAACGUGCUCGCUAAGGCACUGAGCCGAGGGAUUGUCCACCAGGACAAGGACCUUGUGGUCAUCAAUAAACCUUACGGUCUUCCUGUGCAUGGCGGACCUGGGGUCCAGCUCUGCAUCAGUGAUGUACUGCCUAUCCUGGCAAAGAUGCUUAAUGGCCACAAGGCAGAGCCCCUGCAUCUGUGCCACCGGCUGGACAAGGAAACUACAGGCGUGAUGGUGUUGGCUCGGGAAAAGGACAUGGCACAUCAAGUUCAAGAGUUGUUUAGAACUCGUCAGGUGGCAAAGAAGUACUGGGCCAUCACUGUGCACAUCCCAGUGCCCUCAGCAGGAGUCGUGGAUAUCCCCAUCAUUGAGAAGGUGGUGCAAGGCCAGCAGCAACACCACAAGAUGGCACUGUCCCCGAGCUACCGAAUGGACAAUGGGAAAAUGGUGAAAGUACGGACCAGCCGGAAUGCACACAUGGCAGUAACUCAGUACCAGGUGCUAAGCAGCACUCUCUCGUCUGCCCUCUUGGAGCUCCAGCCUGUUACUGGAGUAAAACAUCAGCUUCGAGUUCACCUGUCUUUUGGAUUGGAUUGCCCAAUUCUUGGUGAUCACAAGUACUCAGACUGGAAUAGACUGAUCCCCCAGAAACUAUCUGUUGGCACCCUGAAGAAGCUGGGGCUGCCACAGUCGAAGGCUCGCCACAUCCCCCUUCACCUGCAUGCCCGCCAACUGAUCCUGCCUGCACUGGGGUCCAGGAAGGAGGAGCUCAGCUUGGUCUGCAAGCUUCCUCACUACUUUGUACGCUCCCUCAGCCGUCUGGGCUUAGAGAUGCCAAGUCAUGAUCAAAACGAAGCUGGGCAUCUGGGAGCACAGUGAAGAUUGUCGGACAGUGUGGCCCCUGAAUCUCUCACUUCGUUGAGCGGACUCUGCUAACUUCUCCCUUUGGACAGACCCCAGAAGAACCAGGUGUGAUAAGCUGAGGAAAGCUGGCUGCUUCAGCGCUUUUACUGGCGAUUAAAAUCUAUUUCUGAUACUAGGGCCACACUUUGGAAAAGCAUGUGGAAAGUCUACCUGUUUCCUACCAAGAUGGAAGAGAGCCCAGGAUCAGGCAGUUUGGGUCGAUAAUUGGAAAAGGAGAACUCCAGCACAGGAUGUAUGGGCAAGAACUGUUUUCAUCCGACAAUAAAGUUCUUGAUCUGUCAGGAACAUUC